AUGUUGGCGUACCUGUGGAAAUGUUGCUCGGCGGUUCAUUCAGUUCUAAUCUACUUUCUAUAUGGCUCAUUUGGCUUCCUUUCUCGCCUAGUACCUCCGUUCAUCAGAAACUCUUCGUCCACAGGUGAAGAGCCUGACGAUCUUGAGCGGUGCGGACGCCCUCAAUUGAAUGAUUCUCCAGCCAUCGCAAAGAACAACGUUUUGGGACUAAAUGAAGAGGAUCAGGUCUUUCCCGGCGGAAUAGCAGAUCUGGUUCCCUAUGAACCUCGUUGCAAUGAAACAUUGAGCCAAGGCUCAACCUCAUUGAUAGUAAGAACGAAACCGGGUGUCGUCGUCAAAUGCCCCAGGUACUCGUGGUGGCAUUCUAAAGCAGCGGAUGCCCACCCCUUUGUCAAGGACAUUAAGCGCAGUUUCGAGGUUGAAGAGCAACUUUUGGAUAUCUUAGGGGCACACCCUAGAAUAAUACGCUAUAUUGGUGUCUCAGAGGAGCCUCGUGGAUUACUCUUCGGAGAAGCUAGCGAUGGUAAUCUGCAAGCCUACAUUGACCAGCAUGAUGCUAUUGAUCUAGGCCUUCGAUUGAAGUGGUGUCGCCAGGCAGCGGAACCCGUUCACUAUAUCCACCAGAAAGGCGUCAUUCAUUCCGACCUGCGGCCAGAGAAUUUCUUAUUACACUCCGACUCCAAAGGCAAGCUCGAUCUUCUACUCUGUGAUUUUGGGGGAUCGACAAGCGGUGACAUGGAUGGUGGACAUCUUCCCGACUCGGGCUUUUUCGAUCCCUGCAGACCAUGGGUGUCAACAGAGGCUGUGGACAUAUUCAGUCUCGGGUCGAUUUUCUACACGAUAAUGACCGGCCAUUGGCCCUACAAGUCUCCUGGGCCAUUCAAAUCCGUGGCAGAGAAGGACGACUACGACGAACUGGUAGACACCCUCUUUGCAUCUCAGAAAUAUCCUCCGGUUGAUACUCUACCUGGUGGUACCGUGAUGCAAGGAUGUUGGACAGAACAAUACGGCGAUAUGGGGGCGCUUAUUCGAGAUCAAGUUUUGUCUUUUGGUGAGAUAGACGUCAACGGUACACAUGCUGAAAUAAAUCUACAUUAG